GUCGUUUGUUAUUGUUUUUCGCGCAAGAAAUAAUUUUAAUUUUCGUGAAUUUCCAUCGAUUUUAAUACCAAAAAACAGCGUUGCCUACAUGCAGCACGGACCGCUUUGUCGUGCAGAAAAGUAAUCGAAGUGUAAUCGCGGCGGAUUAAUGAUAAAUUGACGACCUUGAAAAACUCAAAAAAAUUAGUGAGCAGCAACAAGAAUAGUUUUUUUUGUUGUUAUACGUUGUCGGUUUCGGUCAUAGAACUCGACGACGCAUCGGAAUAACCCGGAAAAGUGCAAAUUUCGACGCAACGUUGCACGACGAUUGAAUAAUAUUCGAAUAAAAAUCGCUCAAUUCGCACACAAAACCAGAUUUAUCUCCCAUAUUCGUGCGAAUUUAUUGACGUAGAGCGGAAAAAGUGACGACGACCGCAUAAGUAGAUGUUUUUGCGAGUGCAGUAGAGAAGUGUCAUAAAGUGAAAAGUGUGUUGAUAAGUGAAUUUGCAAUAAAAUACAUACAAGGGAGAGCACGCGAGAGAGAGAUAAGUGUUCGGAGCGAUUAAAAAUCAUCGUAGAUUAAUCAAACAGACCAAAAAUAAUAAAAAAAAGAAAGACAGAUGCGAGAACAAAUUGAUGCACGACGAAAGAACAACCGAGUAAUAAAAUAACAAAAUAACACCCGAAAAAUUUUCAUCGCAUAUGAGUGUGUGGCUGAAGCAUGAGCAGCUUUUCGAUACAUGGGCGCGCUAACAGCAGCAACGAUGAUCCGCGACACAAAAAUCCGGAUGCGAAGAAGAAAAAUGCGACGACAACGGAACGUCUUCCAUCGCGAGUUGCCAAUUUGUACUACAAACACGGGCUUUUCUUAUCUUCCUAUCCCACGUGUGCCGCAAGUUUAGCGAUUUUACUUGCCAUCAUCUGUAGUUACCCGUUGUUAAAUAUUCCAUUGCCGGGCACAAUUCCGACGAAACUUGUCGUCCCGUUCGAGAAUCCGCACAAAGUUUUGCCACGCAACACGAAUUUCAGCACGUUGUUCCCGCUUUCGCCGUCAUUUAAUUUGUACAACAUCUCCAUUGAGCCUCUAACAUUCCCCUGGGCGCGCAUCGACCCGUAUAUUUAUGUGCAACAAAUCGUGUUUCGUGCCAGUGUUGCGCCAUGGAACGAUAAUUUGCAGCUAAUUGAUGCAUUUCGAGGUCCCUUACACGAAUCUUUCAAAUUAUUGGAAGUAAUUACGAAUCACGAGGACGAACAAAAAAAUACUCUCUCACGAUUGUGUUUGCAUGUGGAAAACGUUAAAAGACCCACUCAGCGAUCCGUGUUCCCCGAAUACAAUUGUUUGACUCUUUCCCCAGCGAAUUUUUGGCAACAAAACCCGCACGAGUUCAAUAAAGACACAAAUUUGUUAAACACAAUUUUCUCGUAUCACAAUUUCCAUAAGAGUAAAGUGUCGACGGCGGAAAUGUUGUUCGGGAUGCCGCUCAAGGAUUCAGGUUUGAAACGAUAUCCGAUGCGAGUGAGACCAAGAACGCUUCAAUUUGCCGUCACUUUGGUGUUGAACGAGUAUAAGCCGGAAUUUAUUCAAAGUUUGAGGGAGAAACUCGAGGGAUUGUAUCCGUUGCAUCAAGAUGGGAAUGGAAUGAAACACAAAAAGACCCUGAUGUACAUUUAUUAUCCGAGUGAAUUUAACAUGUUCGAGUUUGGACCGCUUUGUGGGGCAUUUGGCGUCGUUUUUAUCUACGUUUAUUUGACAAUUCGGAAAAUUGAGGUCAUCAGGUCGAGGAUUUUUCUGGCGUUGUCGAGCUGUUUAACAGUUUUAGGGAGUCUCAUAAUGUCUCUCGGCUUCUGCUUCUUCUUCGGUCUCACUAUCAGCACACAAUCCAAAGGAGUUUACCCAUAUCUCGUACUACUCGUGGGUCUCGAGAACAUUUUAGUCCUCACAAAGUCCGUUUUAAGCACCGACGAAACCCUCGACGUUAAAAUUCGCUUGGCACAAGGCUUAAGUCGCGAAGGUUGGUCCAUCACGAAGAAUCUUUUGACAGAAAUCACAAUCCUAACCAUCGGAUUAGCAACUUUCGUCCCCGUAAUUCAGGAAUUUUGCAUUUUUGCCAUUGUCGGAUUGAUUUCGGAUUUUUUCCUGCAAAUGUUGUUCUUCUCCACGGUGCUGGGGAUCGAUAUUAAACGCGUCGAAUACAGCGCCGAGGUGAAACAUUUCCCAAAAAUGUUGACAAAUAACAUGUAUUCGACAAAUCGAGCUGCCAAACCGAUGAGUGGCUUUUAUAGGUCACGAUCGCAUCCAAAACUCACCGCUAUGGUUGAUCCAACGCAGAAAUCUGGCGAUGGGGAGAAGAAAAAAAUUCCCAAAAGACUGCGUGUGGUGAACUUUUGGGCUCGUACGAGAUUUUUUCAGCGUGGAUUCAUGAUCUGGAUGGUACUGUGGAUCAGUAAUAUCAUCUACAACUCCGGGCUGAUCGAGAAAUUGUUCAUUAUUAAUACGGAAAAUUUGAAAAAUGGGACAAUACGACCCGGGGUUCAUGCUCCGGGGUCGAGAUAUGACCCGAAUUUGGAAAAAUACGAGUUUCCAAGGAACUUUUUCGAACAAAAAGGGGGCGAAACGAACGGCGUGGCGGAAGAAAAUGUCAUGAACAUGACGGAACAACUGAAUAAACUGCGACAUCCGGAGUACGACAUGAAUUUUCGCGUUUCAAACUUUCAUUGGUCCACGAUACUGAAGCAAUAUAACAUUUCGAUGAGCGGAAGGUAUGUAACGGUCUUACCAACGAUCCGUUUGUCGCACACAGUGUCGCCGGAGAUCGCCAUGCACUUGAGAAACCCCGAGGAGCAACUUCCGAAACAUUUUCAAUGGAAGGCAUUGGCUGUGGCAUUAGAUCCGCUUGACUUUAAUGACGCCGAUUCGCAAGAUAUUCCGCUUUACAAUGUUGGAAGUGUCCCGCUUUACCCAAAAACGCCCAUGGAAAUUGUUCUGACGACAAUUCUCGCUGUCGUGAGUAUAAUUUGCCUUUGUUACUCGAUGGUCGUCAUUUAUCGCUGCGUUUGUACGCGAAAUUAUGCGGAAUGGCGUGCCAGUUGGAACGAAUCUGAGUUCCCGUCGGAAGCAAGUACGGAUCAUAUCUUGGAUGCGUUGCCUGUACAAGUCGAUGGACAUCAAUCGCAAAUUGAAUGUGUCGUAACUGACGGAAAUCUCAUCGGAAGUUCCUGUUUACGGGGUCAACUGAAGGUUUGGGAUGCAAAUAACGGCGAACUCAUCAGUCACAUUGAUCGUCAUGCAUUUUUCGAGUCGCAAUUUGGGCAAUUUUCCGUUUCGCGACCCAAUUCCUGUCAUGCCAGCGAUAGUAGCGGCAGUUUAUCGGGUUCGCCGCCUUUGAAUGACUUCAAUUUGGCACCGCAACUGCUAAAUAACUACCAAAGAACGAGUUUGCAGCAAAAAACGCGUCGUUCCUUGGACCUGAAUGAGCUUAUGUACAAGCAACUGAGGUUGUCACCCACUUCCGGAGACCUGAUUAAUCGAAAACAACCCCUGAAACAUGGCUUUACGUACCUUUAUGACAACCGAAAGCAAGUGCCUCACACAAAAAAGCAUAAUUCCGUGUCGCCGAUGCGGAGUUAUCUUCAUAAUUUUACGUUAAAUUCCACUCCAAUCAUCCUUCAACGAUCUCACAGCUUGAAAAAUGACUCGGAUCAUGUCGUGCCGCAGCAAAAUCGAUCAUUAAAAGCUUCGCCCAUUUGGUGUUUGGAUUUUCAGGACAACCUAAUAGUCGUUGGAUGCGGCAAUGGACGAAUUGAGUUCUGGGAAGGCAUGUCGGGCAACUUUAAAUGCUUGUACGAGCCCGAAACUGUCGCUGCGGGAACCAAUUCCGGCGUCACAAACAUCAAAUUGGUCGGCGAUAAGGUUGUCGCAGUAAGACUGAAUGGGCGCAUCGAUUUUUUGCGGUUAGAAACGUACACGCAGGGCAGGCAGAUAGAUUGGGGAUUCACUUCGACAGUGAGACGAUCUCAUGCAAGAACAAGUUCCGCAGGGAGCAUUGGGCAGUUUAAUCAAUCGCAACCGAUGAUAAAAGAGGAGUUACGAUGCAUUUUGGAAGGACAUAAUAUUGGGCAUCAACAACCUGUGACGUGUAUCGAUGUUGUUGGUUGCACGGUGAUGACAGGAUCGCAAGAUCACACAGUUAAGGUGUUUAGAUUAGAGACAAGUUCCUUGUUGUACACGUUGCAUGGGCAUUGCGGGCCAAUUACGUCACUUUUUAUCGAUCGGUAUCAGUCUGGGACUGCAGGCAGUGGAUCUCAGGAUGGAUUGUUGUGUGUUUGGGAUAUAAUUACAGGUGCCUGCGUUUACAAAAUUGACGCACACGAAGACUCGAUCGUGUCGCUGGCUUGUUCCCCGAGUUACAUCAUUUCGCUCGGCUUGGAUGAACGACUCCGUGUAUGGGAACGCUUCCAAGGACACUUGUUAAACACCAUGAACGUGAUGCACCCAUAUUCUAGUCUUCUCAUGUUGACGCCAUCGUUACUCGUAACUGCACGUCCCGGCUCACUCGUCGUUUGGGACGUUCGCUUGGGCGAGCCAGUGCGCGAAGUGAAGCUCGACUGUGUUAAUCACCGAUUCUGUCCAAAAAUAUUGCUUUCCGCAUGCGGAUCCGUCGUUUGUGACUACGGAAAUCAACUGAGAAUCGUUAAAUUUCCUCUCGUUGCCAUUGACAAGUGUGAAUAAUUUAUUUUUUUUGACGGUUAAGCUAAUUUUAGUGUUUUUUCUAAUAUUUUUACGUUUUAAGGAAGUUAUUACUAUUUAUAAACUGACAAAUUCAACAAUGCACUGUAACAUUUAAGAACAAAACCAAACUAAAAAUACAAAUUUUCGUCUAAAAAAUCUAUUUUAAGAGCUAUUGUUAACGUUAGAUCGACUAAAGCGGAGAGUAAGAGGAGUAUUUAUCACAAAACGGAAUGCUAAGUAGCAAUAAAAAAAAUAAUUUA